AUGGCCUCCGAUGGCAUGGACGAACGAUCUCCUCUGUUGUCAGCACCGAACUCUGGGAAUGUCACACCCACAGCACCACCGUACCUGCAAGACACUAGUCCGAGAGCCGAGCUACCUCCGCCCUACACAGCCAUCGCUAGCCCCGACGCUGGAGGAGUGCCUGUCAUUAACUGCCGUGUAUGCCAGUCUCUUAUUAAUUUGGAUGGCAAACUCCAUCAGCACGUGGUUAAGUGCACUGUCUGCAAUGAAGCCACGCCCAUCAAAAACCCACCCACCGGAAAAAAGUACGUGAGAUGUCCGUGCAACUGCCUGCUAAUCUGUAAAGACACAUCUCGGCGGAUAGGAUGCCCCAGGCCCAACUGCAGACGGAUCAUUAACCUGAGUCCAGUGAUGGUGAUCCCAGAGGAGCAGCCGGCCCAGCCGGCCCUGCCCGUUCAACCCGAGGGCAUGCGCGUGGUGUGCGGGCACUGUGGCAACACCUUCCUUUGGCUUGAACUCCGUUUUAAUACAUUGGCCAAGUGCCCACACUGCAAAAAAAUAUCCUCUGUCGGCAGUGCCCUUCCCAGGAGGCGCUGCUGUGCCUACAUCACUGUGGGGAUGAUCUGCAUUUUUAUUGGCAUCGGAUUAACAGUGGGCACUCAGGACUUUGCCAGUCGUUACCACGCUACCUACGUGUCCUGGGCCUUUGCGUAUCUCUUGGGUCUUAUCUGUCUCGUGCGGGCAUGCUACUGGGGGGCCAUUAAAGUCAGUUAUCCAGAGAACACCUUCGCAUAG